AAUUAGCUAUAAAGUAUGGGGCUUCAUGCCGUCUCUUACAAAGACCAAAUGGGUGCUUCAAGCUCUGCAAUAUUUUUACCUUUUGUAAGCCUUGUGGUUUUAGUUUCAUGGGCAACUUCAAGUUCAAUCCAUGAAAACUUUCUGCAAUGUCUUUCCCUUAAUUCUAACCACACAACACCCAUCUCAAAUGUCCUGUACACCCCAAAAAAUUUGUCUUAUUCAGCCAUAUUGGAAUCCACCAUAGAGAACCUCAGAUUCUCAUCCUCUGCUACCCCAAAACCCCUGCUUAUACUUACCCCACUGCAUGUCUCCCACAUCCAAGCAGCUGUUAUUUGUUCCAAGAAAUAUGGCAUGAACAUCAGAGUCCGAAGUGGCGGCCAUGACUAUGAGGGUCUCUCUUAUGUAUCUGAAAUCCCUUUCAUCAUUAUUGAUUUGGUGGAACUUCGAUCCAUCAAUAUUAGCAUCGAAGAUGGCACUGCUUGGGUAGAGGCUGGAGCAACUGUCGGUGAAGUUUAUUAUAGAAUUGCCCAAAAAAGUAGGACCUAUGGCUUCCCAGCAGGCAGCUGUCCUACUGUAGGAGUGGGUGGGCACUUCAGCGGUGGGGGUUAUGGGACUUUGAUGAGAAAGUAUGGCCUAUCAGCUGAUAAUAUAAUUGAUGCUUACAUUGUUGUUAGUGAUGGCAGAGUUCUCAACAGAGAAUCGAUGGGAGAAGACUUGUUUUGGGCUAUUAGAGGGGGUGGAGGAGCAAGUUUUGGAAUCAUCUUGUCAUGGAAAAUCAAACUAGUUCCUGUUCCGCCUAUUGUGACCGUCUUCACUGUUGGCAGGACCUUGGAACAAGGUGCACUCAAGGUCUUUCUUAAAUGGCAACAAGUUGGUAGUAGACUCCAGGAAGAUAUCUUCAUCGGAGCCACCUUUGGGGCUGUCAGUGGCAGCCAAGAAGGGGAGAGAACAAUAGAAGUUUCAUUCAAAAGUCUAUUUCUUGGUAAUACUAGUCAACUGUUAUCACUGAUGAAAAAGAGCUUCCCUGAGCUGGGCUUGGAGGCCAAGGACUGUCUUGAAAUGAGUUGGAUAGAGUCCGUGCUUUAUUACACAGACCUUUCUGGAGAACCUGUAAAUGUUUUGCUCAACAGGAUUCCUCAAUUUAAAAACUACUUCAAGGCAAAAUCAGACUAUGUGCAGGAGCCAAUUUCUGAAACUGGGUUACAAGGUGUAUGGAAGAUGCUUUACCAGGAAGAGGCAGGGAUAAUGAUCUUAAGUCCUUAUGGUGGAAGGAUGAACGAGAUUUCAGAGACUGAAGUUCCUUUCCCGCAUAGAAAGGGGAACUUGUAUAAAAUUCAAUACUUGGUCAGCUGGGAUGAAGAAGGGGAUAGAGUGUCACAGAAGCGCAUAAAUUGGAUAAGAAAGCUUUAUGCAUACAUGGCUCCAUAUGUUUCCAAGUUCCCCAGGGCUGCAUAUCUCAAUUAUAGGGAUCUUGACUUGGGAAUAAACAAGCUCAAAGGUAACACAAGCUAUGCACAGGCCAGCAUUUGGGGCAUUAAGUACUUCAGCUGCAAUUUCAAUAGAUUGGUUCAUGUGAAAACCAAAGUGGAUCCAAGUAAUUUCUUCAGGAAUGAACAGAGCAUCCCAUCUCUUUCCCCAUGGUGGAAGAACUGAGAUUUGAGGAAUUGUUGGCAGCUUGCCACUGCCCUAUAUUCCUGGUUGGACUUUUCCUUGUCAAAACAAUACCAAGUGGCUUUAUCAUAACUAAAUAAACAGAUAAAUAUAUGUAAUGAUGGUCUUAUCUUGAUCAGUAAUGAGCAUGGUCUAUUUCUCAA